AUAAACACAAAGCAACAUCAUCUAUUUGAUGGUGGAAAUAUGCCAGCAUCUAAAACUUUAAAGCAUAAAGAGGAAAAUAAGCAUAGAUUUCUCACAUUCUCCGAGCGAUUGUCAAGGGUUUCAAUUAAUGCGGUUCGGCGUAUUGAAAGAACAGAUAGGGAGGAUGAAGACUCCAAAUUUCAAGCAUCACUGGUCAAAUGGAGGGAUCAAGAUAGGAGUUUACCAUUUCGUGAAUUUUAUGGGGAAAUCGGAAACAAAGCUCAAAAUUUUAAAAUGAUUGUGCAUUAUAGGAAUGACAUUGUAAAAUCCUUACAAAAACAUUUGUCAACCCCACACUCAUUAGCCCUAGAAUCCCUCUGCGAACUUCUCGUGGCUUUAUGCAUGGAUUUAAGAUCUGAAUUUUACCCCUUUUUUGAAGAGACUUUUCUGAUUCUCACAAAACUUUUAAAUGCUAAAGAGCUUGAUAGACUGGAACUUGUGUUUAAUGCUGUAUCUCUGUUAUUCAAAUAUCUCUGGAAAUAUAUGAUUGUGGAUAUGGACAACAUUUUUACUCUCUAUUAUGACUUAAUAUGUGGUAAUCAUGCAUCACAUAUCGCAACUUUUGCUGCUGAGAGUUUAACAUUUUUGAUCAGAAAAGCAUCAAAUCAAAAUGAUUUAUACAAACGGUUGUUGAAGAUUUUUCAAAAUAGUGAAGUAGGAAUUGGAAAAAUUAUAUUUUUCGUUCUGAAGGGAACAAAAGGCAUGUUAUACUCAAGAACGAAUGAAAUAUUCCCUAAAGUAUUAGCAUGCUUGAUUGAACCUGAUAUGUCCAAUAAAGUGUUCAACUCAGUUGAUAGCGCUUUAAACUUGAUUGCAAAUCAUGUUGAUAAAGACAAUGCUGAUAUAUUAUGGAAGAUUCUCCUCGAAAAUAUGGAGAGUUACAACAAUGAAUUCAUCUUCGUUACAAAACUACUGAAUACUUGGUGCAGUUUUAAUUGUGGACAAUUAAUUCUAAGCCCUCAGGAUAUCACAAACUCAAUUCAAAAUUUAUGUGUCAACUUGACAGAGGAUGCUUAUGAAUCCUUCCUGGAUUUAUCAGUUACGCUUGUAACUGCUUCGAAAAGUUUUUUUCCGUCUUUGCUAAAAGAAAAUAUCGUGAGAGCGAUCAUUACGAGUGGAAAAUUUUCUUGUAAAAUCUUGGUUCAAUUCUGGAAAAGUAUAUUAAACUUUGUCAAUAUGAAUAUCAAUAGCCGUCAGCUUCUACUCAAAUUUUGCCAAGUACAUAUAAAAGAUGAGAAGGACAUUGUUAUUUGCUUGUUAACUCAAUAUGUUUUGUCAAAUUGUGAGCAACCAACUGAUGCAGAAGGUGUUGUCAAUUUCUCACCAUUUCGUAUUGAUUAUGCAUUAGUAAGUAGAGACAAAGAUACCGAAAAAAUUCAAAACAUACUCGCAAAUGUCAUUAAAGAUGGUGAAGCGAAAGAACCAUUAUUAUGGGCAACACUACUUCUGAUGCAACACAUUAGACCAGUUUGUACUGGUAUUACUGAGCAACUUUAUAUGCUAUUCAACCAACUGGCCAAAAAAGAAGACGAUAAUUGUAUUGCUGUUAUACGGAUGCUUUUUCAGUGUUUGGUUGUGCUAAAUGAGCCUCUUCCGCCAUUUGACACAGACUAUAUAGCAUCAUUGAUUAUAGCCCAUGCUCAAAAUCAUAAUGCAUUAUUUAUCAUCGACAUCAUAUUGACUUCACAACCAAAGGUAAUCAAAAAACUCGAAGCAUAUCCAAAGGUUCUAAAAAAUUUGAUGUCCAACUUGUCACACCAUGAUGCAAUAAUUCGUAAAUUUUCAUUAAGAAUUUUAAGCUUGCUUUACCCAGCAGAGGAAAUGUUCCAGAACUGUUUAUUAACAGAACAAACUCCAGCGACAGUUUCAACUUGUAGAAUGAAAUCUAUUCAUCUUGGGAAAAUCAAAUUCUCACCUGAAAUGAAUGAAGAGACAUCUUGCGCAAUUCUACGUUUCUUGGUAUCAAAUCUUUUCAUAAACUUUUCAACGUAUUGGCCUCAUGUGCAGCAAGCUAUUGCUUCAUUUAUGCCAUCUGAGAAAGAACACUUUCUGUGGAAAUUGCUGUUUGAAUUGUUGACAAAUGCUUCAUCCAAAGACACAAUUUUGGGUGGAAAUCUGAAAGAAGAUAAGUGUGCGAUAAAUUCUGCUACAGAAAAUGCAGAUUUGCUAUCCUUGUUUGUUGAAAAGGGAUUGACCAUUUCAUAUCUGGCAGAAGCAAAUUUAAAACCAGAUUUCAUCAACUUUCGUCUUCUAUUCUGGAAAACUUUGACACAAGUUUCUCACAUUGAAAUAUUGGAGCAAAAUAAUCGUCAUAUUGUUACUUUGUUCUUUGAAUUCCUGGAAAAUGAAUACUACAAGGUUGAUAAAUCAUAUGCACCAUUUCAAGAUAUUACUGUUAACAGUAAAAGUAAAUCUAACAUGUCAUUUGGUGUUAACAAGCGGCAAGCAUCACAAAUGCUAACUGCGUGUCUCCAAGUUCUUGGUAACUUCAAUAAUCCAGUUUCUUGUAUUUCAUCUCAAAAACUUAAAUCCACUUUUGAAAGUUUGCUGAUGCACGGUGAUGCUGAUAUUCAGAGAUCAGCUUUAAAAUGCUUGUUGCGAUAUCGAGAUAAAAAAUUAUUGAUUUUCAAAGAUCAGUUGAUCUCACUUUUAGAUGAUGAUAAAAUUAGAGACACAAUGGUUCAUUUCAAUUUAUCUGAUGUUGUGGAAGACAAAAGAGAAUCCCUUAUUCCUGUUUUAUUUCGAUUGAUGUAUGGAAGAAUGGUUUCGAAAUCUGGUAUCGGAGGUCAAGGACGGAAACGUAGAUCAACGGUUCUUCGCUAUUUAUCUGGAUUAACACAGCAGGAGAUGCAAGCUUUCAUUUUUUUAUCAAUAGAAUCUAUAAAACAUUAUGUGGAUCAAGACAUAUCACUUAAAAAGUUCCCAGAUACGACAAAAAUAGUACCACUGUCACGACAGCGCGGAAUUUUGACUACAUUAUCAGAAUUAAUUGAAAAACAUCCAAAUCAACUGUCAGAUUACAUGUUUGACUAUCUUUUGGAUUUGUCCUUGUCUUGUCACUUUUCAUAUCAUUUACUCAUUUCAACAGCCGAGUCUGAUACCAACAGUAUGGACCAACAAUAUCUCCCAUUUAUACGAAUUCUUCUAAAACAAUCACAUCUGAUUGCAAAUUCACUUAUUGAGUCCUGGCCUGAACCGCGGGGUUUCACUUCAGCACAAAUAUCUAAAAUAUUCUCUGUGCUCGUGAAUCCGCACAUUCAAAAGUUACAACAUGAGUGUAUUGCACAACCCAACAGCCUUCUUCAUCUUUUCAACAUUUUCGCGAUGCAACCCAAAUUUCUUCCGUUAUUAGGACAAAAAAUUGGAUCAAGUGAAAUUACAGCUCCAAUUGAAGCAAUUAUAACAGCUUUAGUUUCUGAAAAAAUGUCACCUCCUGUAUCAAAAUUUAUAAUGGAGAUGCUGAUUAGAUUGAUUGACAAUGACAUGGUAGAUACCGAUUUUGAAAACAGCGACGAAAGCCGAUUAAUUUCCGAAACGAUAGCAAGUAUGACAUCGGAUUUUAUUGUUGUUGAAACUAUGCCACAUGAUGUUGGACUCAAACUGUUGGUAAACUAUGUCAUUGACAUUAUAAAGUACUUCACCGCCAAACUGAAAGAGAAGAAAACAAACAAUGCAAUGUUACAAUCUCAUUUAAAGCUUAUGAUUGCACUCGGUCCUCAUAUUGAAGAUUGCGAAUUGGCUUAUGAACUUGGAGAACUUUUGUUGAAUCAUGUUUCUAGCGUAGCAAAACUUACUGGUAAAAUCUCUAACACGGAUGACAAGUGUAUUCUUCCUGCUUUAACGACAAUAAAUAUGAUUCCGGUUCACUCCAAAUUUCUGCCAGUAAUUGCGAAACUGUUUUCACGAUUAGUAAGUCGGGAAUGUAGAUUAAUUCUUGUUGAAGUCUUCCAAAAGGCAUGCAAUGCCGCUGAUGAAAAACCUAAAGAUACUCUGAAUAAAAGAGCUGCCAUUGUGUCUAAAAUGAAUGCUUGGGAUAAAAGAUUUAUUGAAGAGUUGGAUUAUGAUUCAAGACUAAUUUCUUUUCAAGAAUUGAAUGAAUGGUUGGAAUCGGAUUCUGCUAUUGAACUAUUAGGUGAUGAUUAUAUUGCUCUUACAGCCAUAGUUCACAAUUGCAUUUUUACUCUUAUGAUGCACUCGAAGGAUUUAUCUCUGAGGGAGAGUUCUUCACGAGCGUUAGAACUGGUUAUUAACCUUGUUUUUGAAGUCCUUUCCAACAAAAACUAUCCUAAUUUAUACCAUAUUGUUAUCGGAUCUGUUUUACUUCCGAGCAUUAGAAAAGGAUUGAAUUGUGAUGAUGAAAACCAAAGACAUGAAUGGCUGAGGUUGCUUGUUAGAAUUGUGAAACUUUCUUCCAAUGAGUCAAAUUCUGCAUUUUCAUGUUUAAAAGUGCUGAUUAAUGAAUCUGACCCUGAUGGCGAUUUUUUCGUUAAUGUUCAGCAUAUUCAGUUUCAUAGGCGUACACGAGCUUUUAAAAAAUUAGCCCAAAUUAUUGAUGAUGAGAUGGGAUUAAUUUCACACACAAUUGCCUCAGUUUAUCUAAUGCCAUUGGCAAUUCAAACAUUAAAAUGUCAAGAUCUUUCUAAUCAUUUGUAUCUUAGAGACGCAUGCUUAGGAGUAAUACAGAGUUGUGCAAAAAUUUCACCAUGGUCGAGUUAUAUCAAAUUGUUACAGCAGGUCAUGGCAGCAGUGAUGCGGAAUCAACAUGGCGUUAAAAUUUUGUGCAGUGUGUUAAAUGGUUUUCAUUUUGAUAUCGGUGGUAUUUCGGAUGCAGAAGCUAUCAAGUUGGAAUCUUUGUAUGCUAUUUCGAAAUGCAAAGAAAAUUAUAAGACAGGUGACGAAACUGGGGAUGUAGAAAUCGACAAAGAAAAAGCUAUGAUAUAUAGCAUUGUUGCAUGUGAUAUAUUACCAAAAUUAUGUGAAAGUAUAUCUGGAAAAAAUGACCCUGACGCUAUGCAUAAAUUAGCAGAUUCAUCAAACUUUUCUGAAAUUGAUAAAUGCAAUAUCCGUGCUCCCCUAGCUGUAGCAGUUGUCUCUCUCUUAAGAAAGUUACCGAAUCGCAUUCUUCAUGUACAUUUGCCAAUGGUUGUUUUAAAAAUUGUUGGCUUUUUGCGACAUCACUAUAUCGAGGUUCGUACUGUUGCAUCAAAAAUUCUUGUUCAAAUUGCUGAGUUGUUACCACCUCACCAUUUGGCAAUAAUAUUUAGAGAAUUAAAAAGUGGAUUAACCAGAGGUUAUCAAAAACAUGUUCUCACUCAUACCAUAAGCUGCAUUUUAACAAAAAUUGAAGAUACACUCAAAGUUGGAAGUCUUGACUCUGUUAUAGGGAUAUUGCUAAGUGUCCUAAAUGAUGAUCUAUUCGGAAAAAUUGAAGAAGAACGAAGCGUUGACAAAAUUCAAUCUAAAACGCCAGAGGCAAGAGGUCGAAGUAAAGCAUACAACCUGUACAGAAUAAUGGCCAAAUUUGUGCAGAAAAAGUCACUACCUCAUCUUAUAUCUCCUUUAAAAAAUAUACUUGAUGCUACACAUGAUCAUAAAAAGAGGAAAAAUGUAGAAUCUAUUCUUUUAGAAAUAAGCCAAGGCAUACAAGAAAAUUCUGGUUUAACUGCAGAUGACAUUAUGAUUUUUUUGCAUGGUAUACUUACAGAAAAUAUGCCUGGAAUUUCCACUAGUUCUUCUAAUAGAAAAGAGGAAGAACAGAAGAGAAGUAAAAAAGGUUUUCGCCCAGAGUCCUGUUAUUUAUUGUCAUCAGAACCAGAAAGGUAUGGUGUAAAACAAACUAAGAAGACCAAGAAGACAAACCUUCAUUUGAUUAUUGAAUUUUCUUUGAGGUUGUUGAACAGCUCGAUCAAGCGUCAAGUGAUUUCGCUAGUAAAUCCUGAACAGUUAAAAAUGGUUGAUCCAUUUGUUAAUAUUUUGAAACAUUGUCUUGAGUCUCAACACUCAAAAACAGUGACAGAAGCUGUGAGGUGCUUUGCCAGACUCAUUAAGACCACAUUACCAAGUAUGUUGGAGAAUGCCAUUGAUAUAAUAAAGUCAUUAUUCAAAAUUUUGCGAGAAAAUUCACAAGGAUCUGUAAAUCAUGAACUUGCUUCUGCAACAUACAAAACUCUGAGUGUGUUGUGCGCGAGUGACCUUGGAGAAAAGCUAACGGACACACAGCUUCAAGUUUUACUUGCAUAUGCAGAAGAAAUGCUUUAUGAGAGGGAUAGACAAGCGCAUGCAUUCAAUCUUAUUCAGUCCAUUUUAAAUCGUGGAUUGCGCUGUAAUGAAGUAAUUGAGGUGUUGCACAAAGUACGUGACAUUUGCAUUCAAACGCAUGACAAUGCAGCCAUGGUUCACGCCAGACAAGUAUACAUGUUUUACAUUGGACAUUACCCGUUGACGAAAACCAAACUUAUAAACAAUUUAGAGUUUGUGCUUGCUCAAUUGUCAUUCGACUUUGAAUCCGGACGUCUGUCAGCAUUGGAACUCCUCGCAUCAAUCAUUAAUUUAUAUUUUAAAACAAUGAUCAAGUAUAAUCCAGGCAUAGUUUUCAUACCGGUGUCGAUCAUGCUAGUCAAUGAUGAAUCAGUUAAAUGUCGCAAACUUGCUGCACAUAUUCUGAAAUUGUUAUUGACGAAGCUUGAAGUGGAAGAACGGGACCAACUGUUCAGUCUGUUAGUACAAUGGUUCAAUGAUUCUGAACAUCGAUUACAUCAACAAUUAGCUGCUAUGUUGGUGACAAUUUUUGCUGAGGUUGAAAAUAUGGAAUUUAAAAGACAUUUACCUGAAUUGAUGCCAUUGAUUUUGCACAUCUUUGAUGAAUGUGUUGAAGAUGCUGAACAGAAAGACAAUACAUCUGAUGAUGUCAGCAAUGAAGAUCACUUUUUAUUCCACUUACUUUCUGCGUUUCACUCAAUACUACGUUUAUGUAAGCUUACAUUGGAACAGACAUGGAAUGAAAAGGUUUCAUUAAUGUUGCAGAAAGUUGAGACAGUUCUUUUACAUCCACACAUGUGGGUGAGAAUUAUUGCAACACAGAUUCUUGGCACCGUAUUUUCAUCAUGGGAUCCUGAGACGUUGGCAACAAGUUCGAGCGACAUAAAGUGUUGUUCAUAUUUAACUGCCGAUGUUACGACUAAACUGAAAACGCUUAGUAUCAUCUUUUCCCAACAAAUUCAAUCACCUGUUUUGGAUCCAAAUUUGACGGAUCAAUGCAUAAAGAACUUGUUAUUUAUAAUCAGAGUACAAUAUAUAAUUGUGAAAAAUAAGAAAACUCUUGUGGGCAUGGCAGAUAGUGUUGACGAUACACAAAACAGAAAGAAUCCGAUCCAUCAUCUGUUCCUACAAUUGUCUAAAACUGCAAAACUCGAAGCUGCAAAUAAUAUUAAAGAGACAAGUAAAAGAACAGCAAUACUGAAGUUUUUUGCAGCUGCUACAAUGCUGUUGGAGAGUAUUCAGGAAUAUCUACAUAUUGUAUUGAACCCAGUCUAUAGAGAAUGUGAGAGAAGAAUUGUUGAAGAAGACAAAAAUGCAACAGCAUUGAAGACAUUGGCGAAUGAAGUUUUAGAGGUUGUCAAGUCAAAAGUUGGGUCAGCAGUUUUCACCAAAGCCUAUGCCAAAGUUCAAAAGCGAGUUACAUCAGACCGGCGCGAGAGAAAACGAAAACGAGAUGUAGAGUUGGUUGCUAAUCCACAAAAAGCUGCUGCAGCAAAGGUGAGAAGGCAAAUUAAAAAAAAAGAUCAGAGAAAAAGAAAAAUUGCAUCAAUUCGUCCUGAAUAUGGUGCAGCAAAGAAGAGAAGAGGAAAAUUACCAGCAUAAAUUUGCAUUUGUACAACAGCGCAUUUUCUGCCAAACCUGAACAAAGCGCAAAAUGAGUUGUGAGUUUACAACCGACUGAUACACCUGGACAGUGAAUGGGUGCCAUUAGAAUUGUAAUGCUUAUUACCAACAAUUAUUCUAACAUGUUAUGUAACUAGCAUCCAACAUUUCGACAACUCCGAAACCUGAAUACUAAAUUAAUUCGCACACUUGAUUAAAGCCUCUUCUUUUCUGUUGGUAUUCUGAUUUCUGUGUGAUGUUUCCUAGUAAUUCAAGUGUCCGUCAGGCUUCACUUCAUCUUUUCAGUUGUUUCCAGGGCUAAAUCCGAUAGUCAACUUUGAUACCAACUCAAGAGCCAUUGACACCUGCUACUUGUGCCUAGGCAGUGCCCAGUCUGAUUUUUCUUUGUGGAAAUAAAUUAUAACGAAGAAAUAUUGUA